AUGCUAAAAGUCUUGGUCCCUACCCUAAUGCUAAUUCCAACAAUCUGAAUAACCCCUGCCAAAUGGCUUUGACCCGCAACCCUCCUUCAUAGUCUGACAAUUGCCCUUAUUAGCCUAACCUGAUUAAAAAAUCUAUUAGAGACUGGCUGAUCCUCCCUUAACCUGUAUAUGGCUACAGACCCCCUCUCCACCCCACUUCUAGUACUAACCUGCUGACUACUCCCACUCAUAAUUCUUGCAAGCCAGAAUCAUACAACCUCUGAGCCUAUUAACCGUCAACGCAUAUUUAUUACGCUUCUUACAUCCCUUCAAGCCUUCCUAAUCAUAGCCUUUAGCGCCACUGAGAUUAUUAUGUUUUAUGUCAUAUUUGAAGCCACCCUUAUCCCCACCUUGUUUCUCAUUACCCGUUGGGGUAAUCAAACAGAACGCCUUAAUGCAGGUACCUACUUCCUAUUUUAUACCCUGGCGGGCUCACUCCCCCUUCUCGUUGCCCUCCUAUUACUUCAAAACAGCACGGGCACCCUCUCCCUAUUAACCCUUCAGUACUCUGCCCCCCUUUCCCUCACAACCUACGCUGAUAAACUUUGAUGAGCCGGAUGCCUACUAGCCUUUCUGGUUAAGAUGCCGCUUUACGGAGUCCAUCUCUGGCUACCCAAAGCACAUGUAGAAGCCCCAAUUGCUGGCUCAAUAAUCCUCGCUGCCGUCCUCCUCAAACUUGGAGGCUACGGCAUAAUACGAAUAAUAGUUGUCCUAGAGCCCCUUACCAAGGAACUCAGCUAUCCCUUCAUUAUUUUUGCACUCUGAGGGGUGGUCAUAACGGGCUCAAUUUGCUUACGCCAAACGGACCUAAAAUCCCUGAUCGCCUAUUCCUCCGUUGGCCACAUGGGCCUGGUUGUGGGAGGCAUCCUCAUUCAAACCCCCUGGGGCUUCACAGGGGCCCUUAUUCUCAUAAUUGCACAUGGACUUACGUCCUCCGCCCUAUUUUGUCUUGCAAACACAAACUACGAACGCACACACAGUCGGACUAUGGUCUUAGCUCGAGGCCUACAAAUUGCCCUCCCCUUAAUGACAUCCUGAUGAUUUAUUGCCAGCCUAGCAAACCUGGCUCUUCCUCCCCUGCCCAACCUCAUAGGUGAGCUUAUAAUUAUUACCUCCCUAUUUAACUGAUCUUGGUGAACCUUGGCCCUUACAGGGGCCGGGACACUAAUUACUGCCGGCUAUUCACUUUAUAUAUUUCUCAUAACACAACGAGGCCCCCUCCCUACACACAUUAUUGCACUAGACCCCUCCCACUCCCGAGAACACUUACUUAUAGCCCUCCACCUUCUCCCCCUCCUGCUUCUAAUCCUCAAACCUGAAUUAAUCUGAGGAUGGGCCGCGU